AAUGAAUAUAAGAAAUUUGUAAGUCAAAUCUAGAUAGCUCAGUUGUAGUUUGCUUGACUUGUUUGCAUCCCUAGACAUAUUUUUCAAUUUUUAUUAGGCAAAGGCAUGCAUCAGGGAAUCUCAUAAUGCUCUGUUAAUCUCUUUUUCUAGGUCACUUCUUUGGGUUCUACACUUGCUAUUAAACUACUGAGCACCAGUAGGAUUGAGGAUGCAAGAUAUGGAGUAUACAGUCAUCGCCUUGAUGAUAAGUGGCUGGUUGGAGGUGCUUCAAAUACUGGUGGAGCUGUUCUCAGACAACUUUUCACUGACCAGCAACUAGAAAAAUUGAGCAAACAUAUUAAUCCUGCUGAAGCUUCAUCUCUAGACUACUAUCCUCUCCAAUCAGUUGGAGAGCGAUUUCCAGUGGCUGAUCCAAAUAUGCAACCAAGAUUGCAUCCACGUCCAGAAAGUGAUGUGGAGUACUUGCAUGGUAUUUUGGAAUCAAUUGCACGAAUAGAGGCAAAGGCUUAUAGCUUAUUGAAGGAUCUUGGGGCAACCCAAGUUGAUGAAGUGUUUACUGCUGGCGGCGGUGCCAAGAACGAGAAAUGGAUAAAGAUCCGUGAGAGAGUACUUGGUUUGCCGGUGAGCCGAGCAAUUCAAACAGAAGCUGCCUAUGGAGCUGCUCUAUUAGCACUAAAGGGUGUACAAGGGAACUAGUGAUUUACAUUAUUAUGUAUAAUAACUUGUUCAUGUAAAUCAUUUUAUGGGAAAAAGGGUGGUUCAGUUCUUCCAGACAUAUGUCCCUUCAUAUAGCUAGACAUUCCCACUUCAUCUCUGUUCUCCCUCAACCAACUUCAUCCUUGAUCGGUCAUCAGUCAUCCAUGGCCUCCGCUCCUGCAACUCAAGGUGGUUUAAACAAAGACGCUGAGCCUUGGAGACCGGCAGCAGCUUCUUAUUCACCUUCCUCUAUUGCAACCCCAGAAUCCCUUGGCUAUUCCCAAAGCGUCCCAAUGUUUCCCCAGCAUCCCCAGCCCUGCCAUGCUCCAUUCCUUCUUGCUCAUCAUCUCUACAGAAAACCUAAUUUUGUUUAUCAACCCACAGUACAACCCUCUUUCUUUACCCUUCAACCUGUUACCAUGCAGUGCCUUCCCUAUAUUGAGACUUACAACACGGGACAUCAAGCAGAAACGGAGCAAGUACAGCUUGUGGUUCCAGAAAACCGUGGAAGGUCCAGAACCAGGGGGCAGAGAAGUGCACCCAGAAGAAAUAGGAUUGUUCCUGAUCGACCUAGAAAUCGAGCUCCAAAGCAGAAGUGGAGACGCAAAGCAGGAAAUGGCAAUCCUGUGAAUGAUGGCAGCCUUCAGAUUCAGCCUUCUAGAAAACAACCAAAGAACCCCAUACCAUUAGAAUCCGGAGGAGAAAAAACCACUGUGAUGAUCAGAAACAUCCCCAGCAAAUACACAACCAAAGUUGGGACUGUUUCAACUCUACCAAGAUUUGUGACAUCUGCUGUGCCAAAUUCCAGGUAUAUUAACUGUGCCAAAUUCCAGGGCAAGGACGGACUGGUGAAGCACUUUGAGGUGGUGCGGUUUCCUUUGGAGGAGUAUCAACCUCUCUGCUUCGAACCUGCUCGUGAUGGCUCCCCAGGGCAGGUGGUGAAGGAGAUCCCAAUAGGGGGAAGUGAAGAUCAGGCGGUGAGCUCCACCCUACAAUUGGAGGGUACUGAUUUCCUAAACCCUUCAUGGUAUAGGACAGAUCAUAUAUAUGUACUUUUAUGACUGUAACCUUUUAACAUGUUAGAAUGCGAUUACUUCUGCAGUAGCAAUCUCCAGACAUGCAGAAUUCCAUUCUGUUUUAUGCUUAUUUUUUUCUUUAAAAACUUCAUGUGGGUUUACACUUUAGUGUAAAAAUUGUUUGUUUUUUAUACCGUUUCAUGCACGCUGGAAGAUGAGAGCAGAACAAUGGUUUUGUUAUUUUUCAGACAGCUCUGAAUGAUCAGACACUUUUACAAUAAAAUGGGGAGAUGAAG